GAUUCUUGCUGGCUCCUCUCUCCCCUCCUACUUCUCCUCCCUCCUCUUUCCUCUCUCUCCUCUUGAUCAUGUUCUCUCUCCUCAAUUCCCUUAAACCCUACCUCCAACCUCCCUUCUCUAAAUUUCCAUACAAUCAUUAAAAAACCAAUCACUCCUAAAUAUAGCCCAAUCCCGCCCUCCUCUGUUCCCAAAUUCAUUAUUCCUCUCCAAUUCCCUAUAUGCUCUAACAUCAGAAAACAAGAAAAAAAAGAAAGAAGAAGCACAACCCAACAUGACUCCCCAAUUCCCAAUCCUAUUUCUUCUUUCAUUUUCGAAUUUCCUAUGUUUUUCGGCCUCCGAAACAACGAUAUACGAGGCCCUUAAAUCCCACGGCCUGCCCAUGGGGUUGCUCCCAAAAGGCAUCCAGGACUACCAAUUGGACAAUUCAGGAAAUUUCACGGUUUUCUUGGACAGAGAAUGCAAUGCCAAAUUCGAGAACGAAUUGCAUUACGACCGGAACGUUUCGGGCACGCUGUCUUACGGUCAGAUCGCCAAUCUGACCGGGGUUUCGGCCCAGGAUUUGUUCCUCUGGUUCCCCGUCAAGGGAAUUCGGGUGGAUGUGCCAAGCUCCGGGUUGAUAUAUUUUGAUGUGGGUGUUGUUUUUAAGCAAUUCUCUGUCUCUCUGUUUGAAACACCAAGGGAAUGUUUGGCUGUGCAGCCCCCUGAAGCUGUCCCUAAGAGUCACUAUGGCAAGCUAAGAUAUCGACGUGAUCCGGGCGAUUUCGGGAGGGGUAUUUUAUAGGGAUGAGAAUCGCCGCAGCAGCAAAAAGAUUCAAAUCACUCAGUUUGCUCAAUCACUACGUGAGAGUUCUUCCGAUUCGCUGUUCGUAAACGUAUUUCUGCAGAGAAAGAGUCCGGUAGAAGGUCAUAUGCUUCAUUUCAGUGUGCUUUCUUUCUUUCGUUUUUUUUUUUUUCCGUAUAGCGCAGAGUCUGCAAAUUUGUGAUGCCUACAGCUCCUACCAACAUAACACGGUUGUUCCCGGACACCUGAGUUAUAAAAAAUACAUAACACUGUGGUACAUUACUACAUUGGAGAAGCUAUAGAAGUCGCUGGAUUGUUUGGUAUAGAGAAGAGAAGAACGAGGCAGAGGACGUCGGAAACUAAGGCGAUUCAGGUGAUAAAAUCUGGAAAAAGUUUGCUUUGUCUAUUGAGAUUUCUUAUGAAUACGAAAAAAUAAACAUGCACGGUUUGCUGGAUCGAGCCUCGUUUUGAUAGUACAAACCAUCUAUUGAAGAGACGCGUAAGCUAGCCCGGAAACCAGAAACACCUAUUGAAGAAAUAUACAUGCAUCUGUUAUGGGAAAACAAGAAAGAAACAAUGGAGUUACUACUGCUAUUUGUUUGCCCACAGCUGUUAUCUUAUCCUCGGAUUAUCUUAUCCAUUCAUGGCCUUCAAUUUCAAA